CACUGAAGACCUCACGAGUAACCGUGAUACUUAGAGAACGCCCACCUACACCACAUCUGUGUCUUUGUCUUUUGCCUUGGAGCACGCAGACGUGAGAUGAUCGCAGGAUAAGGAUGAAUUCAUUGGCAGUAUCGGUGUAAAAACAGCCGCUUGUGUUCUCAGCUCUUAAUGCAGCAGAUGAUUGUGUUGCGUGGACCGCGCGCACUGACUUCUGUCAGAAACUGUGAUGUUUCUUUCCCCUAAGCGCUGGGAUCAGUUUUGAUCUGUGAUUUAAGAUGCCGAGGUUCCAGCAUUUAAACAGCACUAGUAUGCCAAAUCACAAUUAUGAAUGGAGCUACGAAUACUACGACGACGAAGAUCCAGUGUCUUUUGAGGGACUCAAAGCACAUCGAUAUUCCAUCGUGAUCGGCUUUUGGGUGGGUCUAGCAGUUUUUGUCAUUUUUAUGUUUUUUGUUCUGACUCUUCUGACCAAAACAGGAGCUCCACACCCAGAGGCUGCGGAGCCUUACGAGAAGCGAAUACGUCUCACAAGCUGCGCCGAGGGUCUGGGUCGCCGAUGUGAGGUGGAUGCCCGGACAGGUCUCUCUCGCCCAUUGCUGGAAGAAUCCCGGUCUUUUUUUCAGUGUUACAUUAAUGAAGAAGAGCGAGAAGGAGGCAGGGCCACUGCUGGUGCUGGCCACGGAUGUACAGGCAGCAGCACCUCCAGAGACCAGGUGGAAACGGUCGGGCUAGUCGUGCAAAGCAUGGUCAUGGAGACCAGAGCAGAAAGAGAGGCGGCGCUCCUGGCGCAUUUUAACAUCCCCAACUUUGUGAACUCAGAACUGAGCUCUGCAUUGGGGGAUGAAGAUUUACUACUGGGCGAUCCACCGAUCAUAAUGGAGGAGGACCGCCCACGCUGUACCCAUCAUAUCAUUGACUAAACCUCCAGUUUGAAGAUGGCCUUUAUGCACUCAUCAUGGCAUCAUUAUUGUUUUCGACUCAGCCCAUGAUCUCUGAAAAUGGAGAGUGGUGGUGUCUUGCUUCAAAAGCUCUGCUUUCGCAGUCUGAGCUUUAAGACUGAGCUAUUUUCUGACAUGGGGUCUAUAGUGAUGCAUGAUGUCAGUCUUAGAGAUAAAAGAAAGAUGGGAAUGCACGAAUGGGAUUUGGCGAAUGUGUUCUUGACAGCAGUGACAGCAAGCUGAAAGACUGUUGGGAAGUCUGUGUUUAGAAAAAGCUAAAUAUUUAUAGAAAAAACUACAACAAUGAAAUCAAGGAUGUUGUUUCUGGUUGUGGGAACUAUGUCUUGAUGACAUACUUCAUUUCUACUAUCAGCAUGAUUAAAGAAAAUCUCUUGAUGUGCAGUUGGAGGAUGUUUUUUUUUUUUUUCAAAUCCAGCAUUGUACUUAUGUAGCCUAAUGGCAAAAUUGCAGCAAUUUGGUAUUGCACUGCCUGGUUCUCUAGGCCUGUCGUGUGAGCAAAUGCCUGAGUAGAAAAUAGUUCGCUGUCUGCACUUGAAAGCUGAAUCAGUGGCUUUCUGCAGAAUAUCUGCAGUAUACUUGCAUACUAACUCUCUGUAAUUGUCACAGCUGCCUGAACUGCCAGAGCAAUCAAAUAUUCAGUUCUGUCUCAUGUUUAUUUGAACACCUUUAUGCCAAUAAAAUUGAGUGCAAAUC